GUAAAAUGGCUGAUAAGGCGGGCUUCUGAUGAGUAUAUAUGAAAUUCGCAGCAGUGUCUUUAUGUCAGUGCUUGGAAACCCUCAUAUCGAGCCAGCUAUGCCUCAAAACUGGGCAAAAGGAACUUUGAUUAUAGGCUACAUUUUUUCAAGUGUUGCUGGACAACAUUUUGGAUACGACCCAGUGAGAUUCAAUGGAUUCCCACCCAUGGAUUAUCUGCACCCAGACCCAAAUCAACUUUGCGGUCUGAGUAAUCCCAAUGGCUUGGAGGCCAGCAUGACGAUAGCUGAUGAUCACACAAAACUUGGCCAGUAUCCCUGGGUAGUUGCCCUGCUUAGCAAGGGUAAAUUCUUUGGAGGCGGUUCCCUGAUUGCCCCGGGCGUAGUCCUGACAGCAGCUCAUCUCCUGGAGAACAGGCUUAAGGCGGAUAUUGUGGUCAGAGCUGGUGAAUAUGAUAUGGCUUCUCAUUUCGAGCCAUUGACAUCAGAGGAACGACAGGUGGCCAGUAUUGUGCGACACAAGGAGUUCUCUUAUCGGCUGGGCGAAAAUAACAUAGCACUUCUGUUCCUAAGCACUCCCUUCGAGUUGAAGCCCCACAUUCGGACCAUAUGUUUGCCCAGCCAGGAAAGACCCUUCCGAGAGGGACGCUGCUUGGUGUCAGGAUGGGGAAAAAUGGCGUUUGAGGAGAACAAUUCGAAUAAUUAUUCGAAUAUCCUUAAGACAGUCGAUUUAACCUUGGUAACAAGAGCUGUUUGCCAGGAUCAGUUGAGAAGAACCAGAUUGGGAGCAGGAUAUGAACUCCCAGUGAGUCUGAUUUGCGCUGGCGGUGAAAGGGGCAAGGAUGCCUGCCUGGGAGACGGAGGAUCCGCCCUAUUCUGUCGCAUGGAGCAGGACCCAGCUCGUUUCGAACAGAUUGGCAUCGUCAACUGGGGCAUCGGCUGUGGCCAGGAAAACUUGCCGGCUACCUACACAAAUGUGGAAAUGUUCAUCGACUGGAUUUAUCAACACCUGGCUGGGUACCACUUAAGCAGUGUUCCUUUAGCUGGACAUUUACCUCUACAUUUUAGGUUGUAAUGAACAUAGUUCCUAGAAAAAAGCCUUACAUUAAAUACCCUUAUAAUGGCCGCCUUCAAUAAAAAGAAACUAUGCCCCUGCU